CACGACUUUACGAAUUCCUCAACCGGCUUGAACUUAGUCUAUUCCAUCGAACUCAUAUUUUCGCAAAAAACUCCCACCACUUGCUGAACUGAACGACAGUCAGCUUCAAUGCCACGAUGAGGCUCUUCACCCCCACCACAAGAACCACAGUGACCAGAACUAUCACAACGAGGAGGUUCCUCACCCACCGCGUCCUCUCUGCAACCCGCACUACAACAACAAUAACAACAAAUCACCAUGGGAGUCACAUAAGAGCCUAUUCCUCGGAAAAGGGCACUACUCCCCCAUCACCUCUUUCUUCCCACCAGUCUCAAUCCCAGUCCCAGUCCCAAUCCUCCACAUUCAACCCCGAAACCUACCUCCAAACCGCCACCACAACCCUCUCCCUCAUCCCACCCAAACUCAUCCCCGACACCCUCCACCCCACCCAGUCCCAUCUGCUCUCUCUCGCUUUAUCUUCUCACUUGCCGAGCAUUUGUCUACCUCCGGGCUUCAACUCUUCUUCCCCAUCCUCCUCCACUCCCAUCUUUCCAUGGCCCACCAACCAGGAGGAGGAGUAUAACCAGCUCCAGCUACCGCCGGGCUAUCACCUAAUCUACUACCCCCUCCAAACCCCUCCCCACUUGCUCUUCCCCGACGGGACCGACGCCGAUCAUUGCCCUGGAAGCCCCUUUACGAGGAGGAUGUGGGCAGGCGGGAGGAUUGAGUUUGGUAAGGGAUCAGGGGAGAGGUUCAAGGUGGAUGGGAGGAAGACGAUUUGCGUUGAGACGUUGGGGGAGCCCGUGCUACAGGUGGGAAAGGAUGGAAAGGAGGAAGAGCAGAGGGUGUGGGUGGAUGUUUGGAGGCGGUAUUUUACUUUUCCUCCUGAGGAGGGGAUGGGGAGGGGGGAGAUGGAAAGGGUGGUGGAGGGUGUUGUCGACGAUCUCCAGAAUGAAGCGGCGGGAGCGCAAGACGGGGGCAGUGAGACGGCAAAGGGAUCGAAAGGAGUAAUCUCAGAACUCCGCCGUCUAGUCUUCCUCCGCGAGCGCGAACCCUCCCCAAACCACCAAAACCAAACCCAACAAAAACUCGAACCAGCUCCAGCAAGGGUGAUCCGCGUCCCCCACCAACCCGAUUUCUUCUUCAAAAUGACGCCGGACGCCACUUUGCUCUUCCAGUUCUCCGCGCUAACCUUCAACGCGCACGCCAUCCACUUGAACCCGCUGUACGCGAGAGAGGUGGAGGGGUAUAAAGAGCGGUUGAUGCAUGGGCCGUUGACGUUGGUGGUUAUGUUGAGGGGUGUGGAGGGGUUUUUGAGGGGUGGUACUUCUGGGGCUGGUGCUGGUUCGACGAUGACGGCGGCGGCGGCGGACUCCGCUGGGACCCAGAUCUCCGAGGCGAUAAGGGAGAGGUUGUUUGUCGUCCCGGGGGAUGAACCAGAGGACGACGGGAAGAAGAAGAAAAAGCAGUGGGAGAUCGCAAACAUAGAAUACAAAAACCUUCGACCGCUGUUUGUAGGUGAGGAGAUGAAGGUUUGUAUCAGGUUGUUACCUAACAAGGAGAAGAAGAGCGACGGCGACGGCGAUAGGGCGGGCUUGAGUGGCUUGGACGGUGGACGCAGGGAGAGGGUUGAUGUGUGGAUUGAGGCGCCGGAUGGGGGGUUGGCUGUUAAGGGGACUGUUGGUGUUGAGUGGAGGUAGUACGAAAGAGAGAGGUGAAGAGAGAGAGAGGUGAAGAGAGAGAGAGGUGAAGAGAGAGAGAGGUGAAGAGAGAGAGAGGUGAAGAGAGAGAGAGGUGAAGAGAGAGAGAGGUGAAGAGAGAGAGAGGUGAAGAGAGAGAGAGGUGAAGAGAGGUGAAGAUAUAGGGCCCGCACCCUCUAUCUAUAGCUUCAUGCUCUUUCCGAUAUAACCCAUGCUAUAAACAACCCUCCACUACCUCAGGGGUCUUUCGGUCGAGCUAAUUAUGAACCGAGCCCAGCAGCUAAGGUCUCAGAUAUGAUGCCAGAUAUGCAGCAGAAGAACUAUCGGCGACAGUCAACUGAUGAUAUCAACAAAUCUCGUUCAAGUUUACCAACACAAACAACCCCAUAAAUAAGACGCCUCACCAACAGCUUGAACAAUGAAUGAUCAUGUUAUCCAGAA